CUCAAAACUCCUACCAUGUAUCAUUAUAUAAAGAAUAAUUCAGCCGUUUGACGUUUGAAUAUACUACCCUAAUUCUGAAACAAAGGUGGACGUUUUAUUUGGGAGGUUGAAGGAAUCCUAAGACAAACACAAGAUGGACUACAAUCGGCAGGUUUCCCGACUCACUACUGUCAGUGCCCCAGCCAUGAGAAUGAACAGUUCAAUGGAUCAAGGCGGCACUAAGAUGCAGAGGUUUGGGAGGUAUAUGAAAUCAAGCAUUGCUGAUUUCUUUGGUGUUGGAGAGGAUUCAGAGGAAUCUAAAGUCAAGUGGGACAACCGCUGCAAGAGGUACGCUGGCUCUAUAGGGAAGCUGAAGAAGACAGUGGAGGAUGACGUUGAUGGGUCACGAAUUCCCCACAUCAUUGACCCCCUCCGACAUCCGGACCGGGCAUCUCGGCGCAGCACACCCAUGUCCAGCAUCAGUACCUACUAUCGGAGUACUCAGGGACUGCCACGCAAGACGACAAGGAAAGACUCAGUCGUGAAGAUGACACUGAAGGGCCUCACAACCCUAGCUGGAGCUCGCAGAAAUCUCCGUACAAAGAAAGGCAUGAAAAAUCGAAGUUACGCCCCAGCAAGCAUGGCUGAGGAUAUGAUGGAUGCGUCCAGCUACACCCCAUCCCAGGUAUAUCCCAUGACUGAGGACCACUUCAGCCUGGAGGACGAUGUGUUCUAUGACGAACCCCUGUCAGACAUAGAGCCUUCCAAACUGGACCGAAUUCGGGAGGAGUCAGAUGUUGCUGAUGCCAAAGCUGCCCGGGAUAUUGGACCUGCUGCAGGGUGGCGUCGAACCCCGCCCCAAGCCUACCCCUCCACACCAGGGACGGGCAUGGAUGAGGUAGACUUUGGAAUGGGUCAGAUUACACAGAGGGUGAUGGACUCAAUACUGGAGAGGAACAAGCGUAAUGUUGGGAUGGGAUUUGUGGGUCGCCUCAUGAAUCGGAGCUUCAGGAGUGACCGACAGACAGACGAUGUCAAGCAUCAGAUCGAUGAGAUGGAUGAUCACAGACCCUACUUCACCUACUGGGUCACCUUCGUCCAGAUUGUGGUCUUCAUUGUGUCUGUUGCUGUCUAUGGCAUCGCUCCUAUCGGCAUCAGUGAGACUGUGUACUCUGAAACUGUGCGCAUGCCCAACCUUGCCAUGCAGCUGGAGCAUCACCGGGAGAGAGACAACCUGUGGAUUGGGCCCAGACAGGCUGACUUGAUCCACCUGGGGGCCAAGUACGCUCCGUGUAUGCGGUGGGACGAAACGCUGAACCGAGCCUUGGAGCUGGAUACAGCAGAGGAGAAGACAUCGGCCUGCUGUGUGAGGAACGACGGCUCAGGAUGUGCUCAGAUGACAGAGAAGAGAUGCAGCAGUUUAUUAUCUACAUUCCUCAAGUGGGACAGCAACACCCCUGGGGCUGGCAACAGAACAUCAGGAUCAGUGUGUGGCCAGGACCCUCAACUCUGCACUGACCCUGCCUCUGUUCCUCCGUUUGAGUGGGAGGAUGACAUCACGAAGUGGCCGCUUUGCAAGACAACAACCCCAUUGAACCAAACCAAAGCAAGUAGUGAAAAUCGGCACAUGACCUGUGAGUUGGUAGGUCAUCCCUGUUGCCAUGGUAUCCAAGGAGAGUGUUUCAUCACAACUAGAGAACAUUGUAAUCUGAAGCGAGGCUACUACCAUGAGGAAGCAUUCCUAUGUUCACAGGUGAAGUGUAUGCAGCAGAUCUGUGGAAUGAUCGUGUUCUCCGACCCCGACCACCCAGACCAGUUCUACAGACUCUGGACAUCUCUCUUCCUCCAUGGCGGGUUGAUUCACCUGGUCAUCACAGUGGGGUUCCAGGUCCUAGUGAUGAGGGACAUGGAGAAGCUGACGGGUGCUAUACGUAUGGCUAUCAUCUACCUAGGCACCGGCAUCUGUGGCAACCUUGCCAGCAGUGUCUUCCUGCCGUAUGUUGUAGAGGCUGGCCCGUCAGGCUCCCAGUUCGGCAUCCUGGCCUGCCUGCUGGUGGAGGUGCUACAGAGUUGGCCCAGGUACAAGAAGCCAGCCAUUGCCGUGCUCAAACUCGUUGUUCCGAUCAUCAUACUUUUCCUCCUGGGACUUUUACCGUGGUUCGACAACUGGGCUCACUUGUUUGGCUUCUUCUUCGGCUUUCUCCUCGCGUUUGCAUUUUUGCCGUACGUGGCAUUCGGAAAACUGGACCGGCGACGGAAGAUUAUCACUAUUGUCAUCACACUGUGCUUGUCUGUCGGCAUCUUUGUCCUGCUCGUCAUCUUGUUUUAUGUCGUCCCACUCACAAACUGUCCUGGGUGCCAGUAUUUCAACUGUAUUCCUUUUACAGCCGAUUUCUGUAAAAACAUGGGCGUCACCAUCAAGAGAAAUUCUACUUAUAGCACAUUUUAGUUGAAACUGCCUGUAAGAUCUAUUUUUAUUUGCUCAAUAUGAAAGAGAUGUUACAGUUUUAAGCAUGUUGUGAUCAGACAAACCAGUGUUUGACUAAUUAACUGCCACCAGUGUCUACUGUUGACAUUGCAUAAUAUGGUAUGUGUUAGUUUCUAGGCAACACAGUUGGUUCUCAGGCAAAGGAAUCAUGGACAGAUAGAUGGUGUUUUGUGAGUGAAAUUGGUUUCAAUCUGGUGGCCUGUUUUUGUCUGAUAGCAAACUAAACAAGGCACUGAUAACUGAGAAUUUAUAGUACUUCCUUAUUGUUUCUCACGGUCAUCCAGACUCCCAAAUGUAGUAACCUCCCUUAGAUUGGGAGUUAAAGCAACUUAGGACAUGUGGUAUUAUUUACAAUUCUGUUUAAAAACUCAGAGGUAAUUAUCACAUCAGAUUAAUAUUUUGUUUUUUAAUAUAUGAUGAUGAUACUGGAAAUGUGUUUUUAAACAAGUUUAGCAUGUUUGUAAUAAAAAACAUGUACCGUAAGAAAUAACAUAAAGAACUCUUUUUAAGUUUCUUAUAAGAAGGAACUUUACGUUCGAAUUAACUUAUUUUUGUAUAAGAUUGCAGUUUGUUAUUAGAUUAAGCCAGUUUAGGUAAGAUGUUUGCCUGAGAAUAUCACAAAGAUAUAUUGUUGACAAAUUAGGUAAUGAGAAAAGUAUCUUCUCUUUAAUAGAUAAUGCAGAAGACACAAUUAACACUGUUUCACUGUACACUAUCUAUAAAUGUUGGCGAUUGUAUUACCCAAUCAUGCAGCUUCAUCUUUGGCAGCACUUCCUGACACAGAUAACCAAAACAGACUACCAAGAGGAACAUAUUUCUGUAAAGCAGUGUGUUUGUGUAAUGCAUGUUUUGUCAAUCCAAAUAUAAGAUGUCAUCAUACAAGUAUAACAUUGCUUCCUUGAUGUGAUUUAAAGUGCUGUCCAAUUCUUUAAAUUGUUUCACAUUCCUGAUUAAUGUAUUUCAACAUGGGUUACAUCUAUGAUGUUGAUUGAUGGUUAAGAUUAUUUUGCCUCACUAAUCAAGAUACAAUUCGAAUACAAUGUGCCUUUCUUUGUACCAAUUAUCUUUCUACUAGGACUAGAGAAUCAUUUCAUUAUUAUUCAAAGUGGAGGCUGUCAUCUCGCUAGUAGACUAGUGUGAUUACUGAUACACUAGUUUAAUUACUGAUAUACUAAUAUGGUUACUGAUGGACUGGUAUAAUUACUGAUGGACUUGUUUGAUUAUUGAUGGACUAGUGUGAUUACUGAUACACUAGUUUAAUUACUGAUAUACUAAUAUGGUUACUGAUGGACUGGUAUAAUUACUGAUGGACUUGUUUGAUUAUUGAUGGACUAGUGUGAUUACUGAUACACUAGUUUAAUUACUGAUAUACUAAUAUGGUUACUGAUUGACUGGUAUAAUUCAGAUGGAUUAAUAUAAUUACUGAUGGACUAGUAUAAUUACUGAUAGAUUUCUGUGAUUACUGAUAGAUGAGUAUGAUUACCUAUGGACUAGUGUAAUUAUUGAUGGACUAGUGUGAUUACUGAUGGACUACCGAUGGACUAGUGUGAUUACUGAUGGAUUAAUAUGAUUACUGAUGGACUAGUAUAAUUACUGAUGGACUAGUGUGAUUACUGAUGGAUUAAUAUGGUUACUGAUGGAUUAAUAUGAUUACUGAUGGGCUAGUGUGAUUAUUGAUGGACUAAUAUGAUUGCCAAUGGACUAGUGUGAUUACUGACGGAUUAAUAUGAUUACUGAUGUACUAGUGUGAUUACUGAUUGACUCGUAUAAUUACUGAUGAAUUAGUAUGAAUACCGAUGGACUAUUGUAAUUACUAAUGGACUAUUGUGAUUACUGAUGGACUACUGAUUUACUAGUGUGAUUACUGAUGGACUAGUAUAAUUAGUGAUGGACUUGUGUGAUUACUGAUGGACUAGUGUGGUUAUUGAUGGAUGAAUAUGAUUACUGAUGGACUAGUGUGAUUACUGAUGGACUAGUAUAAUUACUGAUGGACUGGUAUGAGUACUAGUAGGAUAUAACCUAAUAUCUCUGUCUCAGCUUGCCAGUCAUUUACUAUUCGCAAAAGUUUUUAAAAUUGAUUUAAUAACAUGAAUAUCCAUAGGUAGUAUUUUACUCUUCCUAACGAGUCUGUAACAAAGUUUGUUACAACAACAAAACUCUGAAGAAGAAAAUCCAUAUGGGAAGGGAAGUAGCUCUUACUUUUGAAUCAAAGAAAUGCCUUUCUUUCAUUGUUUUAAAUCAUUUCACCCUAGAAUGUAUAAAUUUAAGAUACCAUUUAAAAUCUUACUUCUACCACCAUGCCCAUGGUCUUUUUUUAUUUAAUAUCUAUUGCAUCGCAUGUAAUUGGUUUAUCAAAAACUUUUGUGGAGAUUGUCUUCUCAUACAUAUGCAACUUCAUGCCCCAUGUACAACUGUAGAUUACCAUUGGAGUUAUUUAUGUACCAUUCCCACUUUAUGCAGGCUAUGUUACGACUUUCUUAUAACACUCCUGUGUGCCUUCCACAUGAUCUACACUGAUGCUGGUGCAUCAUCAAAGCAACAUCAUUUUGUAAGUAUAUUAUUUUCAGUAUGGUUUAAAUAUUUUUCUAAACUGCUGGUCAUAGCAUGAUAUGAUAAGAGAAUAGCUGUAGAGUAUGAACGUAAGGAAAGGGUUUGGGAAAUCUUUCAUUCUAUGCAUAAUUUUGUUCACUUUUGAUAUGGUAUACAUUUAUUUCACACCAGACUUAGUAGUGUCUGUGUGUGUCUCCAUCAACAGUCUCACAGAUGAAGAAUGGAGCAUUGUACUGAUACAACUCGAGUUUCAGUUUUUAUAUAUUUAUUACUACAAAUACCUACUGAUCAUUAUUCAUAAGUCAGUAUUUUUCAUGAGGCAAUAUAUUGCAAAAAGACCACAGAAACUGAGUAUUACUAUUUUCAUGGUAUUAAAAAAUAUUUAUUUAUAUGCCUUGUCAAAUAGUUUGCGAUAAUUGUCAUGUUCUUCAGACUCAGGAGCUUAUCACUAUUGUACCCAUUGCCUCAAACCAUGCUGCAAGUCUGAGUGUUCUAAGUGCUUUAAUUUAUGCUUUAGGUCCAACUGUAACAGUUGUACUGGUUAACAAUUGGGAUAUUGAAUUAUAAUUGAUUCUGACAAUGAAAGUCCCUUCCUCAAUAUGUUUGGUUUUCAUAGGAUGUUAAUCACGGGGAAGACUAGGUACCACGUGCUUGUCAUUAAGGGCAGACAAAUGAGAAUCAGUUCGUCACAAUGGCUGCUCAUUAUGCACAGUAUUUGAAUACAUUGCCAAAUGGCUGAUAUUUAUUCAUAGUCAUGACCAUUUUGUGCAGAAUUGUCUCCCUUAGCUCUUUUAGGAUCUGCUGGUCACAGGUUCCUAGAUUUGCUGAUUAUGAUCCUUGGUCUUGCAGCAACAUGUCCAAAGUGUGUGACAGGUGUUCACUAUUGUUUGUCACAGGUGUUCAUAUCCGUGAAUCACCUGUCUUACAGUAGAAGUGGCAUGUGCCCAGGUACUCAUUUACACAUGCCUGACUUGGUUGAUGCAUGUCAUCGAUCCCAAUUGUGUGGAUAGAUGCUCAUGAUGUCAAUCACUGGAUUGUCUGGUCCAGACUCGAUUAUUUACAGACUGCCGUCAUAUAGCUGGAAUAUUGCUAGGCGGCGUUAAACAUCAAACAAAACAAAACAUUUGCACAUGCAAACCGGUAGGUAACUGUUUAAUAAGCAUUCUAGUAGUUGGGGAGUAAAUAAAAAAAUGUACAACUUAAUGUACAACUACUUCUGGUUUAGUGCAUAUAGCAACGUUUUGAUGUAGAUUCUUGUAGAUUGUAAAUUCCAUUUAGAUUCUUACACCGUUAUUGCUCCAGCUUGACAACGGUGUCAGAAUCUACAUCGAAACAUUGCUUCAUGCAAUAAACCUGAAUUUGUUAUCCACAAAGUUAAACGUUUUCCUUAGGUGUUCAAACAGAUGAAACAAUUUUGCAUGUACUUCGUUCAUCUAAUAUGAACCUCAAGGUGAAGGUUGCCUUGGUUCCCCUGCUCCAGACUUGACCCCUGCCCCACCUAAUACUGAUUAUAGCGUACAAGGACAGGGAGCAUGCUUGGCCCAGUUGUUUGAGGCACCAUGAUUCACUGCCCCUUAUAUACAUAACAGGGACCUUGGACUGUUGCUUCUAAUCCCAGUUUUUCCCCGAUUAUGUUUCUAGGUUUGUCAGCCCCAUACCUGUGCUCAUGGGUUUCGCCAAAGUGGUAAAAGGCUUAGAUCCGCAUCACUUUGGGCUUUCCUCCCACAUCACAUGCUGUGAUUUAACUGAAAUACUGUUCAAAACGGUGUUAAACCCAACUCACUCACUCACUCUACUUGACAGAAGUGUCACCGUGGAGGAACAGAGCACAGUAUUCGUGAGCACAUUUCUACGUGCUGAUACCUUUGGAAUGUUUCGUUGUAAAUAUCUACCAAAAUACUGUCAUACCCUCAAUGAAGUUUCAUGUCAUUAUACAUUGGUUCUGUGAUCUCUGUCAGAGAUCUCUUCAAUAAUAUUAUCUUCAUGCAUUUCAGCUUGUUUUAUCUGAGAUCACUGAUGCUUUGUUGUGGAAUAAUAGUGGAAGCUUAGCAAUCAAAAGCCAUUGCAGCCGUUGUUAAUUUUGAAAUACAAUUGUUAUAUGGCAUUUUGUUGGCAUAAUGCCUGUCUUAAUAAUAAUUUUAUUCAAAGUUGAAUUUAUAUAUCUCAAAUGCCUUCACAACCAGACCUUUUUUCAAUUUUACAAAUGAACCUGCCCAAAUUUUUAAAAUCUUUUGAAAUUGGUCUGGUCAAAGAUGAUUUCAUUCAAACUAUAAUUGCUUUUAACAUUUUUAAUGAAUUUUUAUAUUCAAUUAUUGCUUAUAGAGUGUGUACAUACUGUACUUUGUUAUGUUGUUGAUAGUUUAUGAAUGACUUGUAACAGUGGCGCUGAAGGGACAUAUAGUCUUGUCACUGUCAUAUACUGACUUACAUGUGUUGUUCAUUGAAUGGAUUUUAUACUGAUGUUUUACAUACUAAAUAUUUAUGUUUGCUUCAAUGAUUUGUAGAAAAUAAACUUGAUUUCCCAAUGGAA